CUUUUUUGGACGACGGACGACUUUAAUUUUUCAAAUAGUUCAUAAUAUAAGGACAACUUAUUAUCUACUACUUCUAUCAUCAAAUUAUCACUCUCUAGUCUCUUCAAUCUUCUUCACAUAAACCCUUUCUUGCAAAUCGUAUAUUUAAAUUUGUUUGAAGAAGAUGUUGAGGGCAUCAGAAAUUGUGGAGAAAUUGAAUUUAACACCCCACCCAGAUGGUGGGUUUUACUUUGAGACAUUCAGAGAUAACUCUGUUUCUCUCUCUAAAUCUCUCCUUCCUCCUCAAUACAAGGUGGAUCGAGCUGUUAGCACUGCCAUUUACUUCAUGCUGCCUUCUGGGAGCGUGGCGAAAAUUCAUCGUAUUCCUUGUGCUGAAACCUUCCACCAUUACAUGGGUGAGCCAAUUACGGUAAUGGAGUUGGAUGAAACGAAUGGACAGGUCAAGUUAACUCGUGUUGGGCCUAACCUUCUUGAGGAUGAGAAACCACAGCACACAGUGCCUCCUCUCAUGUGGUUUGGUUCAUUUCCAACCAAAGAUAUUACCAUAUCUGCAGAUGGUUCACAUAUUGAAGUCACACCCAGAGAUGGCGACAAGUACUACACUCUAUUGGGGGUCACUUGUGCUCCUGCUUUCCAGUAUGAAGACUCAGAGUCAGCAAAGCGAAGUGAUCUUGUUGCAAAGUUUCCCAAGUAUGAGUCCCUAAUCUCACUUCUCACCAGUUUUGACUGAGGCCACCAAGUGAUUCAUUUUUAUUAUCUUAUCACAUGUAUGUUGUUUUUGGGAGUUUAACAGGGUCAUUGUGCUGAAUAAAUUCUGUUAUGUACACAAAAUGGUUUCCGAAAAUCUGUAAUGUCUGAUAAUACCAACAAAAAGGUGUAUAUUAAGAUUUUAUCAAAUUUCUUAUAAAGUCCGUGGAUGUGUGUUUAAUGUGGAAAUAGGGAAAUAUACUGAGUGAUUUUGAAGGCAGAUACUGUUAGUUAUCAUCCCUGUUUUCAGCAUCACAUAUACAUGUAUUCUGAAGUUUACUGAGUUCAA